GCUUCAUACUCUGACUUUAAUUUGAAUGUCCUUCAUAUUUCAGUCUCGAAGCCAGCGCCUUACUGGGAAGGAACAGCAGUCAUUAAUGGAGAGUUUAAAGAGCUGAAAUUAACAGAUUAUGAAGGAAAAUAUCUUGUCUUCUUCUUCUAUCCUCUUGACUUCACAUUUGUAUGUCCAACCGAAAUAAUCGCCUUCAGUGACAGAAUUGAGGAAUUCAGAGCAAUAAAUACUGAAGUAGUAGCAUGUUCCGUGGACUCCAAGUUCACUCACUUAGCAUGGAUUAAUACUCCUCGAAAACAAGGAGGACUCGGACCAAUGAAGAUUCCACUUCUUUCAGAUUUAACACACCAGAUUUCCAAGGACUAUGGUGUAUAUCUGGAAGAUCAAGGACACACACUUAGGGGCCUUUUCAUAAUUGACGAUAAGAGAAUCCUUCGACAGAUCACCAUGAACGACCUUCCCGUGGGGAGAUCAGUGGAUGAAACGCUUCGUUUGGUACAAGCAUUCCAGUACACAGACAAACAUGGAGAAGUUUGCCCUGCUGGUUGGAAACCUGGCAGUGAAACAAUAAUUCCAGAUCCAGCUGGAAAACUGAAGUAUUUUGAUAAACUAAACUGAGGCUGACUUCUACUUAAUUACUUAGGUCACGUUCAACUUGAUUUUUGCCAAUAAAAUUUCGUUAAUUUUCUUAAAUUU